UUCUGCAGCUAACCGGUCCGUCGCCUCCGAUCGGUAACGUUGAUUGAGCAGCAAACCGCCGGCGGCGGGAUCAUUCCUCCGUAGACUAAAGUAUUCAUAUCUCUCGAUUUCAUAGAUUCACAACAAAUGUUUUCAUUUCAGGUAUAUAUAUAUUACAGGAAAUUCUCAUUUUGAUUGAAAAUGUACUACUGCAACUAGAAAUGAAAAGAAUGAUUGGCGCUAGAUCCACAUUGAUUCAAUGUCUGACGCGGUUCAAACACGGUGGUGGUGGUCAUCAUCAUCUCAAACCGUUCUGCACCAAAACCAAACUCACAAGCAGCGAUAACAAUGCGAAUGGAUCUGCAAACAGAAGAAGCUAUGAUGAUGCUUACCGUCAGUUGGACAAACUCGAUUUCAUGACUGCCGCCAAGAUUCUCUUCACCAGUGAUCCUCCUAAUAAGAAGAAGAAGUUCGGGCUCGAUUUCCAUCUUGUACAACUGUUUUUCACCUGUUUGCCAUCAUUGGCUGUAUAUUUGGUUGCUCAAUAUGCUCGAUAUGAAAUCAGAAGAAUGGAAGCGGAACUGGAGGUGAAGAAAGCUCGGGAAGAAGAAGAGGAAGCAGCAAAAGCUGCGAAAGAGUUGGAAUCGAAUGGGGAUGAAGAGAAAGUGGCAGAAAUUCCUCCUGAGAUCUUGAAAGUAAACGAAAGACUCGAUAAGCUAGAGGAAACUAUAAAGGAGAUUGUAAAUGAACCAAAGAGGCAGGCCGGUUUAGUUUCUAAGGAUCAUCAAGAGGAUAAUAAUACAUCUGAGAAGAGACCUCAAAAGACGACUACUGUUUCGAGUGAUGAAGACUCGACCAAUGAAAAGAUGAAGAGAUCAGAUGAACCAGUGGAUCUAAGAGACAACCAAAAGAAGACAUAAUGAAACCAUGUGAGAGUGUCUUGUUUUUGAUUAUUUGUUUUGGGAAUGUUGGUGAUAGUUCUUUAAUGCUAUGGGUUCUGUGUAAUUUAGUCAAAGAACUCUCUAGUUAUUCAAUAUAUGACAAAUUUAUAUACUAAAUUGAGAAGGAAAUAUGCAUAUUUCGA